GUCCAUUCAUACACGUGAAGGUCAGCUUUUAGAGCCAUACGGCGUUCAUAAUUGGCAAAAUAUUGCCCUUAGGACCCCUGUUAAGCAAAAUAUGGACGGCCAGGGAGCGACAGCCGACCCUCAGCUUCAGCACUUCAUCGAAAUCGAGUCUCAGAAACAGAGAUUUCAGCAGCUGGUGCAUCAAAUGACUGAGGUUUGCUGGGAGAAAUGUAUGGACAAACCAGGGCCAAAGCUGGACUCAAGGACAGAAGUGUGCUUCGUUAACUGUGUGGAGAGGUUUAUUGACACCAGCCAGUUCAUCCUAAACAGACUGGAACAGACUCAGAGGAGCAAGGGCUCUUUCUCUGACUCCAUGGCAGACUGAAAACUGUCUCCAGAGGGACUGACGAGACACAUGGCUCCAUGGCCAGGCCUGACAAAGCUGUCUGUAAUGAACUGUCCGUUCAACUGGGGAAAAAAAACAAUAUGAAGUGUUACUUUUGAUACAAGUGCCUCAGAUUAAUAUGGGUGCAGAAGUCUUGCUUGUCCUCCACUUAGCGGAAUAUGAGUGUUAAAAACACUAAGCUUGUGGUCCUGCAGUGACCUUGUUUUUCACAAGUCAAACUGUGAAACUGAACUUGAAUGUGUUGAUAUCCGUUGCUCUAACUAGUGUGAGAGUGCAGAAAGACAUCUGGGACACUCAGCUUCAGCCAGCUGUUUUUGACAGCUACAAGGACUUCACCACACACUCUGCUGUAAUUUAACAAAAGUAACAGUGUCUUCCUGAAAGCGAAGGCAGUAGGUACUGGACUGUACAUAUGCAAUAAACACAAUGCCAAAUAA